AUUGUUGAUCAUCCUCAGAAAUAGUUAGGAGAUGCUUUCCAACGUGGUCCUCUUUGCACUUCUUUACUUUACAAACAUCAAUGUCUGUUGGAGUCUGUGUAAUUUAUGCAGACGAGUAAAUGUAACGACGGACCAGUCAUCAAUGUACAUAUUUACUGAAUUCAAAAUAAAGUUGACAGCAGAUCGAGCAAUAGAUGGAAAGUUUCAGAAUUUUACAAAUGGCGACUGUGCAGGUACAAACGUUGAUAGAAAACACAAACAGGCAUGGUGGAACAUAUCUCUACCGGAUCUGGCAAACAUUUACAAAAUCAACUUAAUGUUCAGAGAAAAGUAUACCCGCCAUUACGGUUACUACAUCUUCAUCAACAACCAGGAUAUUGACAUUGAAGGUUUAGCCUCCCUGACUCCCGUGUACCAUGAGGAGAAUGAAAAGCAUCCCGGUGUCCAGAAUAUCAUCAUGUUUCCUGGUGGUAUCCAAGGGAAACAAAUGUACAUUUAUCAUAACAAAUCUGGUGAGGGUGAGAAUAACAAAAACGUGUUGGACAUCUGUGAGGUGGAAAUCUGGGGUUGCUUUAACUACACUGAGAACGUUAAUUGCACAUGUUCACGAAAUGAAAGUGACAACCUCCUCCCUAAAGCAAUGCUAUCAUCGAUCGGUGCCUGGCCUAACAAUAACCUGACUUUGAUAUGUCACCAGGGGAAUGUAAAAUUUCAGGAUAAAUUCAAACCGAAGUUAGAUUUAACUCACAACUUUCAAAAUAAUAUUUCAUUCACUUGUCUUGAUGCUUGCCCUAAGGACGCUUACAACGCCACCACUACUGACGUGGAAAACUCCGUGCAAUUUAUGAGGUUGAGUGUUGACGAUUAUUUCAAUUAUACCUGUAAAACCGGUCACCGAUUUGAGUCGGGAAAUCUCAUCAGAAUUUGCCAGGAAAAUGGUUCUUGGAGUGGAGAAGAACCUAUUUGUAAACGAUGCAAAUGCCCUUGUGAACGAUUAGCGUCACAGAAUUUCAUCAAAGAUCCAAUUGUCCUUCAACAGAGAAUUGAGGAAACCAAAAAAUUCCUCGCGGUGAAUAGAUCGGAGUUGUCUGCCUUUAAGAGAAAGACGAUAUCCAGCUAUGACGGACGUGCUUCCUCUACAGGAAUAGGGAUGACUCUGGGGGUAGGGAUGAUAACCUUUGUUAUUGGCACAAUCAUCUGUUGUGAUCUACUCACGUGCAAGGCAAAGAAAAGGAAGAAGAAUGUUCCAAAGACAGUAACUUUGCGUACGCGGUGGAAUACCUUACAAAAUUAAACACGCACUGUAGCUUAUAUUCUCUCAUUUUUUGUAACAAGAUCAUUGACCACGUGAAAUGAACAUUUUUAUGGCUGGACUUUUUGGGGAUUAUUGUCCUAUUAUAUCUUUGAAAUAUCUUUGAAAUACGCAUGAUAUACGAGCAUAUUUGUUGUUAGAUUAUUACAGCGACGUGGAUUACAUUUUGUCAUUGUUAAAAAUAGCAAAACAGAUUAUUUGAACUGUCAUAAAGACAUCUAUUCAUAUUUAUCUUUGAAUUAAGCGUUGUUAUUGCAAAUGUUUUAUACGAUGGAAUUAGGCAGCACAAAUUCUGGAAACCUAAUUCGACCUCUCCGUUACUUUGAAAGUACACACACUAUAAAAAUAAACAGAAGAAUGGUGACUAAGUCACUGUUAAAGUUAAAUCUUAUUGGUAACCUCGAUGUAUCAUACAUAGAGCACAAGAAUAUCACAUCCGGCUAACGCAACAGUCCCUCUACACUCUACACGACAUCGUCGACUUUCUAGAUUUUGCCAUCUUUAAUUAAGCUCUCUCAUUUUCUCGGCCGACUUUAAUCUGAAAUGGAGGGAUUUCAAUAAUUUAUAAAUUAUGUCUCAUUGAAUAUGUUAAAAAUGUUAUCUGCUACGAUUGAUCAGGUUUAUUUUAAAUUUUCGAGAAGCUAUUAAUAUUGUGUAUAAUAUUUCAAUUGAACGGUUUGUAUAAUAAAUUAUUCAUUGUAAUUAUAAGCUCAGUUGUAUUCAUCUUCAUAAUCGGUAUCUAGAACCGCUUUAUGCAUUAAUAAUAUGUUUCAAUGGUCAAUUGAUUCCUGGUAUUUCUGUUACUCUGUAUUGACACAACAAAAGAGCUAGUUAUUUUUAUUAGAUUGAAGUCAACAUUGUAGUCUGAUCUCCAAUCCUUUGACGUCACUUCCUGUUUCUGUGUUUCUGAUUUUUUUUCUAGAAAAAUUGGCUCCAUUUUUGUUCUUGUUGUUGCUCAUUUGGAGAUAUGAGAUCUUUAUUUUCAACAGGAAAAUAUGGAACUCGGGUCAUACCUUUAGGAUGGCUGAAAAAUAGAAAUGAUUAAACAAGCUUCCUUGAAUUCUUUUAGGAUAACAACAUACUAGAGAUCCGUUUACAUUCAUUAUACUUAUUUCCUUAGAACCAAUUAUAGUUCAUAAUAAUAUAGUUAUAAUCUUAAUCUUUCAAAUCGCUUCCUAAUAUAUAUUAUUUAACAUCUUCAUGUAAUGCAAUUUUAAAUUAGUUUAAAGAUCAUGUCAUAUCAAUCCAUAUGUAUCAUAUUUCAUUAACCUUUCAGCCAAUUAUCUUGAUUUUUCAUAUCUAUUUAUGUUUUUAAUUUUGAAUACGGCUUUUAAACCAUUCUUUGCACACUUUAAGAAUGACUACUUAGUCAUAUUGUUGGGUUUUUUUUUGUAUAAAUACAUUUUCUAUGGGAUUUUUUCUUUAAUAAUAAUAAUACAAAUAAAAAGGAUUAUUUUUUUUGUUGCAGCAAAGUCAUUUCUGUAAGUGUUCCUUGUGUGGUAAUUAUUGUCGAUAUAAACUCAGACGCAUUAGUGGUACCUGUAGAUUUGUUUUUCACAUUGUCUUAAUUUCAAGUUUAUUAUUGAGCGUACAAAUGUGUAUACCUUUAAAUAGGCUUUAAAUGUUCGUGUAAAAGUAUUUUAUCAAAUAUGCGUUUAGGAUGUGCUAUCUCGAGUUAAAACUUUGUGAUUUUUAGUCUUAAUACACUUAAGAGGGCUGGGAGGUCAUGGCCAUUUCUAGACUUUGUUGGUGGAAUAACACACUGGAAAAAGACGCUCAAAUUAACAGGAAAUGUUUUGAUAAUGAAAGAUAUAAUGAUAAAUAAACUGUACAAAUGUCAAAUAAGCGAAAAAUUUGCAGUUUAUGGAUGAAUAAUGAAUAUCUAAAUUAAUUAUUCCAGAAAGUAACAACAAAAGCCACUGCGGGAUUCGAACUCAGGAUGUACGGAUCACCAGUCCGACACACAGCUAUGGAGUAAGUUUCAUAUGUCUGUCCAUAAAAUCUUUUUUAAAAAACGAAAUGUCGUUUCGAUCAGCAGUCAGCCAUUUUGUGAUGAUGUGUUAUUCUACCUUAACGUCGAUGUGUUGUGUAAUGUGCUGACUACCCAGCCUCCUUCAAAAAAAGCAAAAUUUAAAUAGAUAUCACUGCCAAGGUAUAUUUUUGUGUCAUUUACUUGAUGUGUUACAUUUUAAGUGUCUGAUAAUGAUUCUUUAAUAUUUCGAUAUCAUUAACAGUUUUAUUAAAUACUGAAUAAUUAUAUGCUUUUCGGGGCUUGUUUUGUUGUAAGUUAAUUGCAGCUAAUCCAUGGUUCAAUAACCUUUGACGACUUUUAACACUUUGUAAAUGGCAG